AUUCGAAUGCGUUUGAAAGCUGACAAGAGGAGCAAAUCGAUGGAGGAGAGGGAGGAGGAGUACCAGCGAGCCAGAGAAAGGAUUUUUGCACAUGAUGGUGAUCACUUUAUAUUUGAUAAAAGCYCGCAGGAGGAACACUCAUGCAUGAGCACUCAACAGAGGCGGCAAAUGUUCAGGUUACGAGCGGGCCAUUCUGACGCCAGCCGCCAGAGCAGCUCGGAGACAGAAGCCCUGCCCCGGCACGGUGAGCCCCGGCCGUGGAGCAGCACCGACAGCUCGGACAGCUCCAACCGGCUCGCCCCCCGGCCCGCCAUCACCAAGGCCAGCAGCUUCAGCGGCAUCUCCCCAGGCCUGGUCCGCGGGGACAGCACGGCCAGCAGCAAGAGCACCGGGAGGCUGUCCAAAACAGGUUCAGAAUCGUGCAGCAGCGUGGGCUCCUCGUCCAGCUCGCUCUCCCGCCCUCACCUGCCUCUCCCGGCCUCGGCCCCCCUGCAGCCCAGCACGCCCUCCGUCCGUCACGCCUCCAGCGCCAGAGGACACCCCGAAGCCACCAGGAGRGUCCCCCCGCAGCUGCCAGCGUCAAACACCGCUAACUUCUACAUGUUGCCGCUAGAGGCCUCAGGGAUCCCACCUGGCAGCGUUCUGAUCAGUCCACACACAGGUAAACCUUUCAUCCAUCCCGACGGCAGCGCUGUAGUUUACGACCCGGCUGCCGGCAGGAUCCRGCAGGAGGGGAAAGCCCAGCCGAUGCCCUCGGAGUCGCAGCAGCAAGCAGCCAAUCAGCUUCACUCCCAGCCGGUCUGUCCUCCUCUUCAGCCAUCCUCCGAGCCUCUUCACAACCCAGCGGUUUCCUAUCCUCUUCCUCCUCUUCCUCCUCCUCAGUUCCUGCCUGUCUGUCCUUCUAACCAACAAUGCACUGUGCCUGAAGUCCUCAGCACCCAGUUCAGUCACAUGACUCUCCAGUCGCCCAAUGAAGGCGCAGUUUCAGUGUCGGACGGCCGCUACCCCUCUGCGUACCACCACCACCCCUCRCCAUUGAUGCUGCAGGGAGCCCCUCCCCCUCCUCCUCCUCCUUCGCAGGUGACCGGCUACAUGGUGGCAGGACCAUCAGGGGGACACCCAGCAGUGCUGCAGGGUCAGCACGUCCCGGCCCUGAYCCCCGCGUACCCCGGCUCCAGCGCYGGGCCCACCGCUUUCCCUGCGCUCCUCCCGCAGCCCGCCUACAUCCAGCAGCCCGUGCAGCAGAUGUCCACGUGUUACUGCUCUUCAGCCCACCACCCGCAGUGCUCCAACCAGCAGCAGCCGCCGCCCUACCGACCCCCCAUCAACCAACUGACCUAUAGCUGCCCUCCGAGCCAAAACCUGCCCCAGCAACAAG